AUGGGCUCCGUAUCAAAUUCGUACGACUAUGUCAUUGUGGGUGGCGGCGUCUCCGGUGUUGUGGUUGCCUCGCGCCUACGCGCCUCUCUACCCAAAGCCCACAUUCUGGUCUUGGAAGCUGGCAAAGACGAAUCCAACUUUGAACUGGCGAGAUACGUCAAGCACAUAGCCUCCGUCAGGGGCUCUAAGAUCGACUAUGCAUUCGACACCGUCCCUCAGAGACAUCUGGACGGCAAUCCGAAGAAGGCCUGGGCUGGUCGUGCUCUUUCCGGCGGUGGCGCCAUCAAUGUAGGAGCGUGGUUACGAGGUCCUGCUGUGGACUUCGAACGUUGGGCCGAAAUUCUCCAAGAUGAUUCUUGGACUUUCUCAUCUCUCCUGCCUUACUUUCGCAAGUCCGAGAACUUCAUUUCCAAGGACGUGGAUCCCAGUCUGCAUGGGUCGGAUGGUCCGAUGGAGAUCAAAUUGAACAAGGACAUUCGGCGGGGAAAAUCGUAUCCUUUGUGCGAGCAGAUGAAGCAAGCCUGGCAAGAGUCAGAUCCGUCGGUGAAAUGGAAUUCAGAUGUCAACAGUGGAGAUCCUCUGGGUAUGGGCGACUGGGCAACCACAUUCACCCGCGGAGAGCGACAGUUUCCACACAAAGCGUACAAUCUCGAAGGGGUCGAGAUCCAGACAAACAGCGUGGUGAAGAGGGUCAUUCUAGAGAGAGUUGAAUCUGACAGUGAGCCGAGGGCGACCGGGGUUGAAAUGGCAGACGGGAGAAUUAUUUCCUCCAGGAAAGAAGUGAUUGUGUGCGGAGGUACUUAUAACUCGCCCAAGAUCUUGCUACUCUCGGGAGUAGGACCGGCGUCUGAGCUCAGAAAACACGGUAUCGAUGUCCAAGUCGACCUCCCAGCUGUUGGACAGGGCUUGUGUGAUGAUAUGACCAUGCGGCAAGUCUGGCGGCUGCGUCACCCAGAACGAGGGCUGUCGUUCGAUUCACCGCUUUUGACAGAUCAUGACCUGGUCUCGAAUGUGCCUGUCGACUUUAUGGUUUGGGCACAAGCUCCACACGACCUCAUUCGCGAAGCGCUUGCAAAGGACGGCAUUAAAGACCACCACGUCUUCAAUUCCCGUGCAGUUCACCAGGAGAUGUACACCAUGUGGAUGGCAGGACGGUCUGCGGCUCUGCUUGCACAACUAGGUCUCUCGAAUGAUGGAUCGCUUAUUUGCUCCAGCACAUAUAACGUGUAUCCACUAAGUCGGGGUUCUGUGUCACUUGGCUCUGCGGACCCAGCAGCGCCACCGGUGAUAGACCCCAACUAUUAUGCCGCCGAGACUGAUCGAGCUAUUUUCCGUGACGCACUGCGAAAACAUAUGCAUGUCCUUUUGGGGACGGAGAUCGGCAAGUCUUUUGUCGCAGCCGAAGUCCCACCGCCUGGGUUUCCUCUGCUAAGUCACGAGUCGAGCGACGAGGAAAUUGAUCAGAGAGUGCGUGUUUUUGCGGAGACUGGGUCUCAUCCUUGUGGGACCUGUGCGAUGGGAAGAGUCGUGGAUGCUCGCUUGCGGGUCAAAGGUGUGAAGGGACUGCGUGUGGUGGAUGCUAGCGUCUUUCCGUCACCCAUUGCAACGCAUCAUCAGGCAGCUGUGUACGCCGUGGCUGAGAAGGGAGCAAGUAUGAUAGCUGCAGAUUGGGAGGAGGUGAAUUAA